GAUACGGGGAGGACCGCGGAGGAGAAGACGAAGGAGAAGGCGACUGCGCGCGAAGACGACACGGGCGCGAGCAGGCGAGGUAGGAGACGAAACCGGUCUGGUUCGGUUCUGGUUCCGUCUCGGACGAUCACACGUGCCCGGCGCGCUCAGUCCCAUUAUUACCGGCGAUCCCGUCGCGGCCACAACGUACACACGCGAUACUAUCAUCGCCGACAUCGCGUCGACGUGGUAACGAUAGCGAUAGCGCCGGACCCGCGAAGGAUUAUCAAUUUUUAAAUUCUAACAAUUUUUUUUUACUCGAUGUGAUUAUAUAUAGUUGUUAACAACAGCACGCGCCGUAAUAUUGUAAUAAUAAUAAUUCAGGCAUUUCGUUUUUGAGAGGCGCCUCAGCACCGAGAUCGAGAAAUAAUAUAAUAGCAAUAUUACUGUAACAUUUUAUAUUAUUAUAUUCUAAACAAUAAUAACGCGUCGACCGCCGUUUUCGCCGUUUCGUUUUCCAGAUCAGCAUUAUUGUUUGGUCGAGUCGUACAUUUGUUUUAUCAUAUUAUUAUUAUUCUGUUUCGCGACGUGCGAUGGUCCGGUCUCGCGAUCCGCCGGCAAACGGUCGCAGGUGACGACGGACGACCGUCAGCACACGGCCAUUCGAACGUCGCUCGUCCAACGAUGACGACCGAUGACGAACGCCCGACAUGAACACUGGACCCGGCCAGGGUGCCCAUGGGCCAUCGUCUCUACCAAACUGGUGGCCCGCCGACCCUCGUCUCACCACUUCAUCGACCUCGGAUGUCAUGAGUCAGCUAUGUCGUGUGUGCGGAGAACCAGCCGCCGGUUUUCAUUUCGGAGCGUUUACGUGUGAAGGAUGCAAGUCGUUUUUCGGUCGGACCUACAACAACCUGAGCUCGAUAUCGGAAUGCAAGAACAACGGCGAAUGCGUGAUCAACAAGAAGAACAGGACGUCGUGCAAGGCGUGCCGGCUGCGCAAGUGUCUGGUGGUGGGCAUGUCCAAGAGCGGGUCCCGGUACGGCCGGCGGUCCAACUGGUUCAAGAUCCAUUGCUUGCUCCAGGAACAGCAGCAGCAGCACCAUCACCAGCACAACAACAACAACAACAACAACAACAGCAACCACCACCAGCAACUCCCGCACCACCACCAGCAGCAACCACUCGCGCAUCACCGUCAGUCUGCGGGCCUGCAGCACUUUCAGCAACAGUCGGCGGCGGGUUGCAGACUGUCGCUGGAACACGGACGGACGCCGCCGCUUUGGGCGGACGUCAAACACCACCUGCGCCAUGACGCGGACACAACAACUCCGUGGCCGGUGACCUGA